CUGACCGCUCGCUGAUGCACUGUGAAGUGAAAAGGCUUUGUUUCGACACGUGUGGUCAAGUCAAAGAUAGUUGGAGCUUGAACUAAACACUAACGUGAAAUGUUAACAUGUAGAUAGCUCGCGGUCAUCGCUUUUAUACUGAGUAGGCUGACUACUGUGGAGCAGGGCUGCCUUUGCAGCCAGUCAAGAUGGACACCGCCGAGGAAGCGGACAUCUGCCGGGUAUGUCGUUCAGAGGGGACCCAGGACAAGCCGCUCUACCAUCCCUGUGUCUGCACUGGCAGCAUCAAGUUUAUCCAUCAGGAAUGUUUGCUGCAGUGGUUGAAACACAGCAGAAAAGAAUACUGUGAAUUAUGCAAACACAGGUUUGCAUUUACACCAAUCUACUCUCCAGACAUGCCAUCUCGCUUGCCUGUCCAGGACAUCUUUGCAGGGCUGGUUACCAGUAUUGGGACAGCCAUCAGAUACUGGUUCCACUACACACUGGUGGCCUUUGCCUGGCUAGGCGUGGUGCCUCUAACAGCAUGUCGUAUCUACAAGUGUUUAUUUACCGGCUCUGUGAGCUCUCUUCUUACCCUGCCAUUAGAUAUGCUUUCAACACAAAACCUGCUUGCAGACUGCCUCCAGGGCUGUUUUGUGGUCACUUGCACGCUGUGCGCCUUCAUCAGCCUGGUGUGGCUCAGAGAGCAGAUUGUCCAUGGUGGCGCCCCUCAGUGGUUGGAGCAGAAUCAGCCCCCUCUUGUUCCUAAUCAGCCCAACGGUCCUGCACCACCGAAUGAGGUUCCAGGUGGUAACAACGGCCAGGCUGCUGCCGACGCCCAGCACCAUGCAGACCCUGCUCCAGACGGGCUGCCGCCUGCCAACCCGCAUGAAGCUGGCAACCAUGGAGACGAGGCUGAACUUGACGACGAGGAAGAAGACGAGGAUGGGGAGGAAGACGAGGACGACGAGGACGAUGAGGAAGGCAGGGAAGAGGAUGCUGCUGAUGCCAAUAAUGGAGGACAAGAAGAUUUGAACUGGAACGCCCUGGAGUGGGACCGUGCAGCAGAGGAGCUUACCUGGGAACGGAUGCUGGGUCUGGAUGGCUCGCUGGUUUUCUUGGAGCAUGUGUUCUGGGUGGUGUCUCUCAACACACUCUUCAUCCUGGUCUUUGCUUUUUGCCCGUAUCACAUCGGCCAUUUCUCAGUGGUUGGACUAGGCUUUGAAGAGUUUGUCAAAGCCUCACACUUUGAUGGCCUCAUCACCACCAUACUGGGGUACAUCCUUCUGGCUGGAGCUCUCAUAAUCUGCCAUGCUCUGGCUUCAUUAGUGAAGUUCCAGCGGUCCAGACGCCUCCUGGGUGUUUGCUACAUUGUUGUCAAGGUGUCCCUUCUGGUUGUCAUGGAGAUAGGCUUGUUCCCGCUGAUUUGUGGUUGGUGGCUCGACAUUUGCUCGCUGGAGAUGUUUGAUGCGACUCUGAAGGACAGGGAGCAGAGUUUUGACUCUGCCCCCGGCACCACCAUGUUUCUGCACUGGCUGGUCGGCAUGGUCUACGUCUUCUACUUUGCCUCCUUCAUUCUUCUGUUAAGAGAGGUGCUCCGGCCUGGUGUGCUUUGGUUCCUCAGGAACCUGAACGAUCCAGACUUCAACCCAGUCCAAGAGAUGAUCCACCUGCCCAUCUACAGACACUUGCGGAGGUUCAUUCUUUCUGUGGUGGUUUUCGGCUCCAUAGUCCUGCUAAUGCUUUGGCUCCCUAUCAGAAUCAUUAAACUGCUCUUCCCGACCUUCCUUCCAUACAACGUCAUGCUUUACAGCGAUGCCCCGGUCAGCGAGCUGUCAUUGGAGCUGCUGUUGCUUCAGGUUGUUCUGCCUGCAUUGCUGGAGCAGGGUCACACUCGCCAGUGGCUCAAACGGCUCGUCCAUGCCUGGACGUUCACCGCCGGAUACAUGCUUGACCUUCACUCCUACCUCCUGGGUGACCAUGAAGACGAUGACAACCAACCAAACAACAACCCUCCCGGCCGCCAUAACAACAACAGGAUCCCUGGCCUGGGGGAAGGGCUUCACGCUGCCCAUCAGGCCAUUCUGCAGCAGGGCGGUCCUGUGGGUUUCCGGUCAUACCACCGGCCCAUCAACUUCCCCCUCAAGAUCAUUCUGCUGGUGGUCUUUAUGUGUGUGACGCUGUUACUGGCCAGUCUCAUUUGCCUCACCCUGCCGGUGUGUGCAGGUCGCUGGCUGAUGUCUUUCUGGAUGGGCAGUGCCAUGGUUCAUGAGCUGUACACAGCAGCCAGCGGUCUGUACGUGUGCUGGCUGUCCAUACGCGCCGCCACGGUGCUCCUGUCCUGGAUGCCGCAGGGACGGUCCGUCAUCAUGCUCAAAGUCCACGAGUGGACACUCAUGAUCCUAAAGACCAUCGUGGUGGCUGUGAUGUUAGCCGGGGUGAUUCCUCUGCUGUUGGGUCUGCUGUUUGAACUGGUCAUCGUGGCCCCUCUCAGAGUCCCCCUAGACCAGACACCUCUCUUCUACCCCUGGCAGGACUGGGCCCUGGGCGUGCUCCAUGCUAAAAUCAUCGCCGCCAUCACGCUGAUGGGUCCUCAAUGGUGGCUGAAAACCGUCAUCGAACAGGUGUACGCUAAUGGUAUCCGAAACAUUGACCUCCAUUUCAUCGUGCGAAGGCUGGCUGCCCCAGUCAUCUGUGUCCUGCUGCUGUCUCUCUGUGUGCCGUACACCAUCUCUAAAGGCAUCACACCACUGCUGGGUGUGCAGCCGGAGAUGCAGACGCUGGUGGAGAGGAGGAUCUAUCCGUUCCUGCUGAUGGUGGUCAUGCUGUUGGCCAUCCUGUCCUUCCAGAUACGACAGUUCAAACGCCUCUAUGAACACAUCAAGAACGACAAGUACCUGGUUGGACAGCGACUGGUUAACUAUGAACGCAAGACAGGCAGGAGCACGUCCACCUCCUCAUACAGCUCCUCCUCAUAGACCCGCCGCUGCUGUGGGAUCAGUGAAGCUGACUCACUCUGCUCAGCACUGAGAGCUCUCAUCAGCUCCUGUGGUGAAACCUUUUUGUUUUCUCUGUGCUCGGCUGUCAAAUGCCAACUUCAAACACAGCCUCUAAACUUUUGACUGCAGUCUAGUCCUUUUAUUCACCAACAUCUACUGCUGUCACAGGUUGGGAGACAAAAGACGCUGAAGAGCGAAAACAAAAUAGUCUCUAAACUCCUCUCGGGAAAUUUUGGUUGUCAACCAGCCUGCAGGAACAGCCGGCGUGAAUUGCUGGCUGUCCAUCCUGUUUAACGUGUCCGUUUUUGUCUUCAACGCAGCUGACAUUUUAAGUUGUAACUACAUUAUUUUAAAAAAAGGUUUGAGUUGAAGUUUGGUCAGUUGAGCGUAGCUUUUACCUCUGAUCGUGCUUCCCUUUGAAUGUUGGUUUUGAAGUGUCGUCUAGGUCACACUGAGUGUCUCUUAAUGGGACGGUUUUGACUUUUCAAAGCUGUGGAGGAGAUACUAUAAUGGGAACGCCUCUGUGGCUCUGCUCCAAGCGUUGAUUCGUCUCGAAUGAUGCCCUUCAUCAGAUUGAGGUUGUCAGUGGUAAGGAGGGACAUACAUGAUGUAACAAUGUGAUUGUAUUAUUCAUUUUUUUUUUUUAAAGAUGUUUUUAUUAGAUGUGUUUUCAUUGAUUUUUUAGUGUUCUGGAGUGAGCUGUUAGAUAGUCCUCUGAGGAUUCCUUUGAAGUAAAGAUGUAGAAAAAGAAAGAAAAAGGAGAACGGGACAUUUCAGGCAAUCUGGACACAGCCCAGGAUAUGUUUUCUUCUUAAGAUGUUCCCCUGUGAAUUUUAAAAACAGUCUGAGUUGUUUAGUACCUUCCUGAGCAAAUCCACCUUCAGGGGAGGAGAGGUUGUUAACGUGAAGUCACACAGCACAAAAAGUGAGAUUUCAACUAAGAAUAAUUCAACUGGAAAAACAGUCCCAGCACAUUACAGAAUGUGCCCGUGUUACAACCUUAGACUGACACUGUUUUAUAGGAAUAUUUAUUUUGAUAGAAUAAAAUUAAAUAAUGUGAGCUAGCUGUCAGCUGUUCAGACUCUUGCCUGUCUUCAUUCUGUUCACAGUUAGGAGCCAACAGCUAAAAACAGCUAAACAAACAACAAAAACACUAAACUCCAGAGAGAAAAAGUGGUUCUCGUGAACUAUGCUGACAGAUAAUAGAACUAAACGGAUCAUCAAUAUAGAUCUGGCAGACUGGAGGUAACUCAUCUCAGUUAGGCCAAGGUAGUGCCAGUAGCCGCACAAGCAAACUGGCUGCUUUUCUUUUACGUUCCUAACCUGUACUGCAACGUUGCUCCAAUAAAUCAUUCAGUCAAUCGCUGCCACCUGCUGAGCUGAAUCAAACUGAUCAUGACACACCUCAUCUUGUAAGCAAUUUAGUAACUAAUGACAGCGUUAACAGUAGCCCACUGCAAUGUAGGGCCAGUGUUGAAGGCUAAGUUAUGUUUCACAAAAAUAAUACAUCUCAUACAACUCAGUGAACGAUUAGCUAAGUAGCAUUGAUUAGAUUAGCGUUACCAGACAUUUCCCACUCAUUAUGAAUUGCAGUGCCCCAUUAAAGCAAGUCUGCAAAAAAAAAAGAUCAGACCUGCUUGUGUUUGGAGCUGCUGUCUGUCUUCCUCUUCUUGUCCCCCCCUGCCAGUCAGCUUGUUAGUGGGAUUAUGUAAUCAAAGUCAGUUUUGUUUACCAUUCAUUGCUCAACACUAUGGAUUACAGUUGCAGCUUCAACAGUCAAAAGGUUGUGUUUCACAUGUAAGGUAUGAGUGUGUUCCAAACGUUUCAGCCCAUCAGUUACCUGGCCUGUCACAAGUGGAGGGUUGGAUUUUCAGUAGUACUAUGUCUUCACUUGUUGUUGCGGUUCGGUCAGAGGACAGUCGGUUUGAGAACGACAGAGUCUUCUGAAGGUCAAAGGUCUUGUUGUGUUGAAGAGGUGCUGAAAAAACUCCUGAAUCCAACACAACUCUCUUUAUUUGGUCCUUGACUGGCUGACUUCAGACUCUACCUGGGAGCUGUGUCGGUAGAUGCGUUCUGAGUCAGUCUCACUUACGAUCAACACCUCUCUUUAAUAAUAGCUGAGGUUUUGAGUGUUGGCUUGUGUUUCAGCUUUCCGCGAAACAGGUUCAGCGAGACGAUGUCGCAGGGCGGCAGAAGGAACUCCGGCUAACCGUUAAUCCAAAAGGCUCUCUGUGAUGUAACUUCAGGCAUUGAUGUGAAGAGCGGGGUGCUGUCUAUGCUCACGGUGGCAGCGGAGGGAUGUGAGGUGCAUUGUUGGAUGUCGUACCUCCUGCAGUAGGUGGCCACACUGCUCUGUUACAAGCUGAUAGCAUGACAUGUGCUGUUUGUGUUGGAGACAUCGUAAGCCUUGUCAGAAAAGAUGAAAAUCUCACACACUAAACAAGCCCCAUCUUCAUAUAAUUAAAUCUGCAGUUCAGCAGCUUCAGGCUUACUGUACGUGGUCUGAUACGACCAGUGGCUUAUGGUGACUAACUAUAGCUAAUGAUGGCAAACAGAUAUUGCUGUGUAACUGAUGUUGCUAAUACAGGAGACUUCUUUCUUGUUACCCACUUGUCCACUGAUGGUGGUGCCUUUAAAGCAACCGACUGAAGAGAAUUUUGGGAGAACUUAACUAUUAGCCUGUCAUUACCACUUGUUUCCUCAGUGGCUGCUGUUGAGCACCAGUGACGUCGUCUCCUUUAAAACUGGGCUCUGUUUGUGAUCCUGGCAUGUCUCUCCUGGCAGGAGUUUUCCAGGUGUUCACACUGAUGAGCUGCAGCAGACUCAAAGAGAUCCUCUCUGCUUUACCUCUUCGCAGCUGGUGCUCUGAUUCAAGUGAAGGUUGACACUGAUGACUGGAAGAAUCGGGGUCAGCAUCCUCCGCUGGCACUGAAGCUCAGGGAGUCAUGUUUCAGGGUUCUUCGUGUCUUUAACGGUAUGUCUGAUGUUCUGAGAAAAAAUGGCCGACCGAGCAGACUCACAGUACAGUACUCUUUCAUGAUCUCAGUAACAAUAUUUUGUUUAAAAUCACAGUAUUCACAACAAUCACUACAAACAAAGUGCUUUAAAACCAAGAAGCGUUCAGAAUCACACUAAACAAUAGUUAGAAGAAGAGGUGGCCGGUCCUCAGUGGUUCCUCUUAUCGUCUGAGAGUUGUUGGCUAACUGAAGGUUAAAGUGCAAGAUCAGUCUUAACAUGCACCAACACAGUCAUGCAUGAAAUGAUUGGUGUCAGUGAACCCAGCAAAAAUAUCGCAACCUCAAGCCAAUGCAUCGAAACAAGAGGCCACAUGUAAAUAAAUUCUGUAACAGGCGCAUGAUAAUUCUGUGUUCUGAAUAAUCUUUGAUUCACAACGUUACGGUUGGAAGGAAUAGUUGAUUUUUCAAAUACCGUCAGUAGCUUUCUGAACCAGUCUUAUAGGUCCAGUGAUUUAGUGGCAUCUGGUGGUGAGGUUGCAGAUUGCAAGCAACUGAAUACCCCUCGCCUCACCCUCCCUGUCCAUGCGCAUAGAAGAACCUCUGGUGGCUGUGAAACUCGUGAAGCUCAGACGUGGUUAGCUAAGCUUAGCAUAAAGACUGGAAAUGAGGAGACAGCUAACCUGGCUCUGUUCAAACGUAACAAAAUCCACCCACCACAUCGAAAGCUCACUAAUUAACACGUUAUGUCUUGUUUGUUUUAUAUGUACAAAAAAUAACUGUAAAAAUGACAAUUUGUGUUUUCACAAGGGGGUUUCAUACUAGAACCAUUUCUUGGAUAGGGCAUUGAAUUCCUGUAUUCUCUGCUGGACUCUAGAAAAUAUACUCACUGACUCGUAGCUAGAAUGUGUAUGAGCGUAUUUCCCAAAAGGACGAGAUAUUGCUGUAAAGUUCCAAACAUUUCAGUUCCUACAGCCACUUAUACUCCUAAAGGCACUCUUUGCAUGGGGAUGUAAAGUCAGUGUUAUGCUCUCGGUGUCUCACACGUGUGUCUCCGUUGCUCCACCACCUUUGAGAAAAUACACAAAAUGUACUUCAUGUUUCAAAGAAAGUUUCAUAACUUUAAGUUAGGAGUCAUAUUCUUAAAGCCGCCGCAGAACACAGCCGUCAGAGCGAAAUGAAAGAUUUGAAAAAUGAAAGCUUGUGUUGCAGCCUUUCAGAAACAAAGAGGUUGAAAUAUGUUCUGCGACAGAAGCGAGCCCCAGCCUUUCUCUCAGCCUAUGAAAACUGAGUCCAAUCCUCUGAUGCGUUCGUGCUCCUGUGUGAGUUGAUUUAAGCUCAUUUUCUUUUCUUUCUUUUUCUCCUAUAAUGGUUUAGUAGAAAUUGUGAUUUUUUUUUUUUGUUUUUUAUGCAAAUGUUUUAAAAUGUGUUGCACUUUAUACCACAGUUUGCAAUCAUUUCAGAAUCCAUUGUAACACAGUCAACACAGCAGGGCGUGUGUGUGUGUGUGUGUGUUUCCCUCCCACUGAGACUGAAAGAUGUCAGUAUUUCACUGUGGUGACUCUGCACAAUGGGUUUUACUUAAAAUAUUAAUUUGUUUUGCAUCCGUUUUUGACACUGCAUUUGUGUUACAAGUGUUUCAUUAGAGUUUUGGUAAAUAUAAACUGCUUUUCUUUUGAUAUGGAUUGUGAAUUUCAUUAACUUUAGUGCUGACAGCUGUAGUGCUGCUGUGUGGAACGCUCACAUUAUGUCUAUGAUGCUAUAAAGUGACCUUUUAGUGUCUUCUUGAACUCAGCUGGACACUUCAAAUUUUGGUCUUGAAUUUCAAUUUCUAGAAGCAAAUGAUUUCUAUUUUUAUAUGUGCAAAAAGGCAGUGGCAUGUACUGUAACAUGAAGUUCUAUACUUUAAGGUCUAUUAAUUGUUGGUUCAGCAAUAUGAA